AUGACUGUCACCAAGCUCAACUUCAUCACCGGCAACAAAAACAAGCUCCUUGAGGUGCGGGCUAUCCUCGGUAAGGUCAUCGAAGUGGACAACCAGGAGGUCGAUGUCCCAGAGAUCCAAGGCACAAUCGAAGAAAUCGCCAAAGAGAAGGCCAGACGUGCCGCCGAAGCGAUCAAUGGGCCUGCCUUGACCGAAGACACUGCGCUUGAGUUCCAUGCGCUCAAGGGUCUCCCUGGGCCAUACAUCAAAUCAUUCAUGGAGAACCUGGGCCACGAAGGCUUGAACAAGAUGCUCGAUGGCUUCGAGGACAGGACUGCCGAAGCUGUGUGUACCUUUGCCUUUUGCCGCGGCCCUGGUGAAGAGCCCAUUGUUUUCCAGGGGAGGACUGAGGGUGCUAUUGUGCGGCCCAGAGGCCCAGGAAAUUUUGGCUGGGAUGCUAUCUUCGAAUAUGAUGGCAAGGAAACAUAUGCCGAGAUGGACAAAGAGGAAAAGAACAAGAUCUCGCACCGAUACAAGGCGCUGGUGAAGUUGCAGCAGUGGCUGGCCGAAGGCCAACAGUAA